AUGACAGAUUGCAAGUCUUGCACUACCCCUGUUGAUCUGAAUCCAAAGCUCCCUGCCGACGGUGAUCCGGUUGCUGACCCGACAGACUUUCGCAGUCUUGCCGGUGCUCUACAGUACCUCACAUUCACUCGGCCGGACCUCUCCUAUGCAGUUCAGCAGAUUUGCCUCCAUAUGCAUGACCCAAGGGAACCUCACCUGGCAGCUUUAAAGCGCAUCCUGCGCUAUGUUCGUGGCACACUACAUAUGGGCCUGCUUAUUCGACCAUCUUCUCAGCAAGAACUGGUCGUCUAUUCUGAUGCAGAUUGGGCUGGCUGCCCUGACACACGCAAAUCAACAUCUGGGUAUGCUGUCUUUCUUGGUGAUAGUCUCAUCUCAUGGUCUUCCAAGCGCCAGAACAUAGUCUCUCAUUCCAGCGCUGAAGCCGAAUAUAGGGCGGUCGCCAAUGCCGUUGCUGAAGCCACUUGGUUAUGA